UCACCUCUUAACCCAUCAGAAUCCCGUAAGCCAACAAAGCAAAAAGAGGGUGAAGAAUCAUUAAUGAAGUCGAGAACAUCAAAAUCUGUACGGUCAACAUCAUAUCCAGAUUGGCCUUCAAAUGUUCAAUUUGAUACGAAGGAAGAGGUUAUGACAAAGGGUAAUGUCUUUCCUUGAUGGUCUACUAGGAUUUUGACUUAUAUUGGUAUCUAUUAUAUCUAUUUAUGCUAUUCUAAUAUGUUUUUAUGCAACGUCAUCCCAUUAUUUAUCUCUAUGCAGAUGCUGAAGGUAACAUCACAUUGGUGAGUGGUCCUAUUCCGACAAUCAGUGUGUGGAGUAACAACGGCGUUAAAUACUGUGUUGAAUUCAACGAGUUUUACCAACCUCUUAGGAAAGGUGGAGAUAUCUUGGUCAGAUUCAUUGGUAGCAUUGCAAAGGUAGAGACCUACUGUCCAGUUGGAGAAGUGAAUUGGCAUAACGUCGAUAAGAAGCUGAAAGCUAUGUUGGUAGAGGAGGUCAAAGAACGCUUUGUAAUUCCUGAUGGUCCUGAAUACGAGAAACAAAUCCUCAAGCGUGCUAACAGAAGUUGGAGGCAUUUUAAACACGAGCUCAAGUCACAUUACUACAAACCAGAUGACAAGACUCUCGAUGAGAUGUGUAAUUUGCAGCCACCAUACGGAAUUACUAGUAAUCAAUGGAUAAAGUUGGUUAAGCACUGGCAUUCAGAGCUAGGGAAAAAAUUGUCAGAAGCUGGGAAAGAUGCACGAGCUUCCCUAAAUCAACUUCACAGAUGUGGCUCCAAGAGCUUCGCAAACAAGCAAGCUGAUUAUGAGGAUGAGCAUGGAGAAAAAAUGAGUUUAUUAACUCUUUGGAAAAAAGCUCAUAUUGGAAAGGAUGGAAGCUUUCUACCAGACACACUCACAGAAGAAUUUAUGGAUGAUGCAUAUGCCAAGUUUGAAUCAUUGAAGCAAGCAAACCCUUCCAAGUCUGACUUAGAACUUGAAGAUGAAGCUUUUGAGCACACCAUGUAUGAUGGAGAGAUUCCCAAACGUCCCGUAGGUUAUGGACUUGGAGUUCGAAAGGGGGACAUUUACGGGGUGCAUGGUGUCCUGAAGAAGCAAGGGUGUGGAAGAGUUCGAAAGACGGCCGUGUUCAUGGAGAAUGAUAAAGAAGAAUUGUCCACUCUGAAGAAGGAAAAUAGAUUGUUGAACACCCAAGUCCAAGAGAACAAAGAAGAAGUGUCUGUUCUCAAGAAGGAAAAUAGCUUGUUGAAAGCCAAAGUUCAAGAGAACAACUCUCUGCUCAAAACUCUUGUUGGACAAUUUUCUCAACUAGUAGGUAAAGUUCGUAAAGGAGAGGCUUCAAUGCACCUUUUAGAUUGUGCACAAGCAGUCUUGGAAGUGACAAACCAAAAGGUACUCGAAAAUAAUGAAGGUGCAAAAGAUCAAGAACGGAUGGCUUCAAAGUAG